CAGUUUACCAGAUACUACAGAACGCUUCUGAAAGAUACUGAGAUCUGUAAAAGCUACAACACUGAUCGUUUACCUCCUUCACAUUUCAGUGAGUUUCUCAACAAUACAUCAGUGAUGGAGCAGCGUCUGUUCAUACUCCUGUUUUUCACAGGAGUCAUCUCUCUCGUCCUGUCUGUUCCUCGUAAGUACUUUCUCAUCCAGCAGGGGAAAACAUGGAGUGAUGCUCAGGCUUACUGCAGAGUCACAUACACCAAUCUGGCUAUUAUCGAAAGUACUGAGAACAUGGUUGAACUUCAGUAUGAAGCACAGAGACAACAAUUCAGUUCCAGUGCAUGGCUUGGAAUGUACAAUGACAUUAACAGCUGGCGCUGGUCCUUUGGAAAUGAGCCACUGACAACUGGGAUGAAGUGGCUUGGAGGAUGGCCUAAUAACAAUGGCGGACAUCAAGAGUGUGGUGCAACAAGUACGUGGGGUUGGAUUUGUCAAGACUGUACUACCACAAGGCCCUUUGUGUGCUUUAAUGACACUAAAACUGGAAAUAAAGUGUACAUUUACAUCUCUAACAAAAUGACUUGGUAUGAUGCUCAGGCUUACUGCAGAACGCAUCAUGUGGAUCUGGCCAGUUCUAGAAAUGCAACAGAAAACUCAAAUAUACAGAGUGUGAUCGCUGUCUACACUUGGACUUGGUUUGGUCUGUUCAGAGACUCCUGGAAGUGGACAGAUCAAACCAACGUCUCUACCAUCCGCUGGAUGCCUGGAAAACCUGAUAAUCAACUGGGAAAUGAAAACUGUGGUUAUGUAAAUAACACUGAGGUUGCUGAUGCACAAUGUUCAGACAUAAUGCCUUUCUUCUGUUAUUCAGGAAUGACAAUACAAAAAAUCAUGAGGGUUAAGGUCCGGUCCAGUCAGGAUGUGAACGAUCUUGCAGUACAGGUGGCCAUCUUGGAGCAGAUCAAGCAAAAACUGAAAGAUCAUGGGAUAGCAGAGAACAUCACAGUGAAAUGGAGAGAGCAACCAGAUGGAUCUGUGUUUCACAAGGAAUAAGAAAAUAAUGCUGCAGAAAAUGAAGAACUUUAAGUCUUUAGGUGUUUCUUAAAUCAUGUAACUCUGUAGUGCUCUAGAGUGACUAAUGUGUUCACUCUGGGAAGUUUAAUACGAUGUAGUUCACUAUUAAAUGGAGGGUGAAGGGAAAAAUUUAUUUAAACUAUGUCUCUUUCAUAAUUCUAACAUAGUGUAAAUUUAGUCUCUUUACAAUAAGUGUCUCUUUAAACUAAAUGUAGUCAGCUGAGAUGUUUCUGGGUGUUUAUUUCUUUAGUUUAACAGAUAGCAUGCUAAUGAAGCUAACAUGUAAUUAAAGUCUAUUUUACGUCAAAUGUUUUGUGUAAUUGUAGACCUAAAUCUUUAUAUACUCACUCCAGAUAAUAUUUCUUAGAGCCUUAAUAGUCUAUGGCUCAUAUAUAGAAGCUCUUAUUUCUUUCCUUUUCAUAAGCAUUAACUAACCAUUAUGCUCCUGAUGAAGUAGAAUCCAUAGACUAUGUGAUGUGAGAAUAAGUGAAUAAUGUGCAGGAUAUUUCCCCCUGCUGAGUCUCUCCUGCUUCCUCCUGAGCUCCUUCUGCAGGAGCUCCACUGUGUUCCUCGUUUCACUCACUGGGCUCUGUUUCAGAUCUGUAAAACUGUUCGGAAACAAUAUGUACUGUAAAAAGCUCUAUAACUAUAUUCUAUUUACAGCUCCUAUAUUCAUCAUGACACACCUGCCCAUGAAAUCACACAUUUAAUUAACACCACACUGCUCACUAAAUAAUAACAGUCUACUACAUUUUCCUGUAUAUUAGUUACACUAUGAAACUUUUAGUUGAUAUUAUCAGUAGAAACCUGGUUGGCCUAAAUGUGUGAGUCAAGAGCUGAAAGCUUUAGUGAUUACUUCUUCAUUUUACUGGUUUCAGGAUGGGACUGAUACAGAAAAUGUCAAUAUUACCACCUGUAAUCCUCUGAUUCUGCAUUGUAUUUAACUGUACACCAAUGCAAAAAGUAAUUUCUUCUUCUUCAUUUAUUAUCAUUAGAUUAUAAUCUUUAUACAGAAUUGAAAUAAAGAGAGGCAAAGAAACAGAAUUUUCUGUCUAAUAUUUUAUUAUAACUUUCUUAACUUUGUGAUUAUCUAACCUGUAUGAUAAGUAUGCUGCUUGCAGUUUUCAUUUUUUUAAAGGAAGGACAAAACUUAGAAUUGACUCUAAUUUCACCUGAGAAAUGUUCAAACUGUUACCAAACUGCAUGUAUAAAGCUGUUAAUUGUUAAAAAAUAAAUAAAUAAAUAAAUAAAUGGUCUUAAGUAUUUAACAAUUAUUAGAAAACAAGACUUUUUUGUAAACAUGAGUUAGAAUUUAGCACUGCUGUUAUAGUGCUUUAUGUUUAACAUACUUGUGCACAUUUAUUGGCUCAUUCUACAGAAACAGAGUGUGGUUGAUAAUUUUCCAGAUAUGAAACUGCUGUACUUCAUGCAUAACAGUUUUAAGGUCGCUUCCUGGCUAAUAUUCUGGUGAUUUUUUGUGAUGAACUAAUUUAAGAUGUAGUUUACUUUACUGAAAUAAAGCAGAGCUUCAGGUUG